CAAAUAACAGCAGUGGAUUUCUGUGAAGACCAAAUCGAGCAGACUGAGCUGGACAACAACUCUCUAGCAGAAUUUCUAACCAAGUCAAGGCCAGAAUGGGCUACCUGUCGCUGGAUCAACGUCAACGGAUUGAGCUGGGAUGUCAUCAAGCUGCUGGGCAACCAUAAGAAACUUCAUCCUCUGGCUAUUGAGGAUCUGAUGCACACCGGAAACCGCACAAAAGCAGACUGGUAUCCAGAGCAUGCUUUCAUUAUUAUGACACUUCAACGAUUGACCAAACUCUCGUCGCAAAAUGGACGUAGCGAUUCGGACAUCCAGAAGGCUUUGUCGAGCUCGGAGCCUCGCCAUUCAACACGCAGCCGUAGUGGCAUCACUUGGGAGACCGAGAAGACCUUCCAGCCACCAGACAAUCAAACACAUUUGCGUAGCCUGCAAUCUUAUCGUGGUGACAGAUCGCCCGAAAGGGUGGCGUAUAUGGAGAAGAACUCAAUCCUGACACGUAAAAGUCUAGGCGUCUCCAUCGAGCAAGUCAGUGUGUUCCUCUGCAGCGACAACACAGUCGUAUCAUUCUUCGAACAUUCUGGCGAUGUCAUUGAAGAACCCAUCUUGAAGCGAUUGAACUCGCCUGAGACGAUCCUACGCCGAAGUGGCGAUGCUUCUCUCUUGGUACAUUCAAUCAUCGAUGCAAUCACCGAUCUGGCCAUCCCAAUUGUCGCAACAUACGAGAAAGCUAUCGCCGAGCUAGAAAUGGACGUCCUCACUGAGCCUGCCAUUGGGCAUUCGAAAGCACUCUACAUCUUGACAUCUGAGCUAUCAAUGCUAAGACAGCAGAUGCAGCCCAUAGCCUCUCUGAUCAACAGUCUCCGCGAUCACCACAGCACAGCGCAAUUCCUCAACCGUACUUCCUCAUCUGCCAACCCAAUCUCUGAUCUUGCUCGACGGAGCGCCGGUCCUGCUCUGAUCAAGUCACAGACUCAAUCUUCAGUCAACAUCUCUCCAGCUGCGCACACAUACCUGGGCGAUGUCGAAGAUCACUGUAUCAUGAUUAUUGCCUCGCUUGACCAGAUGCGAACGCAAAGUGAUAACAUGAUCAGUCUCAUUUUCAACACCAUGGGGGCAUAUCAGAAUGAGAGCAUGCAACAGUUGACCUUUGUCACCAUCCUUUUCCUGCCCUUGACUUUCUUGUCUGGUUACUUUGGAAUGAACUUUGAGGAGUUCCCACCUCUGAAGAAUUCGCAUGUGUUCUUCUGGUGGUUAGCUCUGCCCAUAACAUUCGGCAUGGUGGUAAUCCUGCUGUAA